UAAACCAGAUGUUUUUCUUUUUUUCCAUUGUUUUGAAUGGGACUACAUGUGUGUUAUAAAAUGUAACGCAACAGAUAUGCCAUUGGAUGCUACGAUACAUCUAUCAAAGACCUCUCCAGAAAACGACAUUGUUUACGAAUUUUCGGAUAAACAGCCACAAUACACUUACACGCAACGCUCUAAUUUCGUUACAAUCUUCAUGGACCCAUUUUACAAAACAUGGGAAGGUUAUUAUACGUGUACAGUAAAGGAGAAUACGGCUACACAUAAAACAUGGACAACAGAUCCCGUAUAUUUAAAGUCUCCAAUAAAUGAAAGCAACACAGUAGUUACACCAACAACAAAGUCUUGUAAACAUUUUGAAUGGACGGUUGUAAUCUCCAGCAAGAAUCAAUUACGUAAACGGACACUAUUAAAAAGUGGUGAAGGUGUUCGGUUUCGAUGCUCUGUUGACGGUAUCCCAGAGCCCAAAGUAACAUGGAAAAAGAAAGGAAAUGAGGAAUUUUUGUCUAUGGGACCUGUGUUACAUUUCCCUUCAAUAACCAGAGAGGACCAAGGACAAUAUGUUUGCGUGGCUGAUAAUGGAAUUAGAAAGACCAACAAAACUGCAAAUCAAAUAUAUGUUACAACUUUUAAACCAGUCAUUAAAUAUGCCAACCCAACUGCAGGUGUUAUAACAUUACGACAGGAUGAAGUAAACUCACACCACAUCUUCCUAUAUCUAUAUAACACACUAAAAGAAACCAACAUGGAGUAUAAAGAAAUGGCAGUUAUAGUAGAAGGUUAUCCUGAUCCACAAGUUACUUGGUGGAAGAUUAAUGAAAAUGGCAGAGAGCGACUACCUGAAGAUUCUAGUAGUUUCUGGAAUCGUGGAUUUGAAUUCUACAGCGAAUCAAUCCGCAAUGAUGAAAGUUUCUACCCAGAUGAAGGAUCGAAAUCGAUUAGGUUACGAAUAUAUAAUGUUUCUCCUGUAGACCUUGGAACCUAUGUCGUUAAAGCAGAGAACCAACUUGGUACAGCUGAGUUAACAUUUACAAUGAAAAUUGAGUCUAACUAACAUAUAACUAGAGGAUAUGAAACAACUACCAGAAGUAACCAGCUCAUCUAUCAUUUAGCUAAUACUUUCCUGAAUCUACAAUAUAAUAAAAGAUUUUCUG